AUGACUGCUGACGAAACAUAUUGGCAAAACUUGAAACCAUUUCAAGAAGGCUCAUCGAUAUCAAAUCAAGAAUCACGUAAACAAAAAUAUUUAGUUCAUUAUAAUAAAGAUAAUAAUACUGGUGAUAACAACACCAAUAGUGUUGAAUCAUUUAGAAAAUUACAAGAUCUAGAUAAUACUAAACAAAGGUUUAGGCAGCUAUUAUCUCUAUCGGAUUUGUUUAGACAUUUUAUUGGUGUUAAAGCAAACAAGGAUCCCAACUUUAAAAAAAUUUUAGAUGACUUAGAUUCAGAUAUUAAUAAUAGGGAUAACAAGAAUAAGAAAAAGGUGAAUAGAAGAAAAAGUGAAAAGGAGGAAGAUGCUGAAUUGUUGAGAGAAGAGGAAAAUAAUGAGUUUUUGCCAGAUGAAUAUAAUGGUGACGAUGGUGAUACAAAUCAAAUGGAAUUUCAAUUUAGAGAUUCCCCAUUAUAUAUCAAUGGUAAAUUAAGACCAUAUCAAAUUCAGGGUCUAAAUUGGUUAAUUCAAUUACAUUCUAAUAAAUUAGCAGGGAUUCUUGCUGAUGAAAUGGGAUUGGGUAAAACUUUACAGACUAUUUCAUUUUUAGGUUAUUUAAGGUACAUUGAGAAAAAAUGUGGUCCAUUUUUAGUCAUUGCACCAAAAUCAACUUUAAACAAUUGGAAAAGAGAGAUUAACAAAUGGACACCUGAAGUUAAUGUUUUUGUCUUACAAGGUGAUAAAGAUGAAAGAGCCAUGAUGAUUAAAGAUAAAUUAUUGGCAUGUGACUUCGAUAUAGUCAUUGCUUCAUAUGAAAUUGUGAUUAAAGAAAAAUCAUCUUUCAAAAAAUUUGAUUGGGAAUAUAUUGUUAUCGAUGAAGCCCAUAGAAUUAAGAAUGAGGAAUCAAUGUUGUCUCAGGUACUGAGAGACUUUACAUCCAGAAACAGAUUAUUGAUUACAGGGACUCCACUACAAAAUAAUUUGCAUGAAUUAUGGUCCCUAUUAAAUUUCUUGUUACCUGAUAUCUUUUCCAGUUCACAGGCUUUUGAUGAUUGGUUUUCAUCAGAUACAUCAGAAGAAGAUAAACAUAAAAUUGUUAAACAAUUACGUACAAUUUUACAACCAUUUUUAUUACGCCGUAUUAAAAGUGAUGUGGAGACCUCAUUGUUGCCAAAGAAAGAAAUAAAUCUAUACGUAGGAAUGUCCUCCAUGCAAAAGAAAUGGUACAAACAAAUCUUAGAAAGAGAUAUUGAUGCUGUUAAUGGUGCUAAUGGGAAUAAGGAAUCUAAGACACGACUAUUAAAUAUUGUCAUGCAACUUAGAAAAUGUUGCAAUCAUCCAUAUCUAUUUGAUGGUGCAGAACCAGGCCCUCCUUACACUACAGAUGAACAUUUAAUCUUUAAUUCAGCAAAAUUAAAAGUCCUAGAUAGAUUAUUGAAAAAAUUGAAAGAAGAAGGGUCUCGUGUAUUAAUUUUUAGCCAAAUGUCAAGAUUAUUAGACAUUCUAGAAGAUUAUUGCUACUUCAGAGGCUACAAAUAUUGCAGGAUUGACGGAUCUACAGAUCAUGAAGAUCGUAUUCGAUUUAUUGAUGAAUAUAAUGCUCCAGGUUCUGAUAAAUUCAUAUUUUUGUUAACUACACGUGCUGGUGGCUUAGGUAUCAAUCUUACCUCAGCAGAUGUCGUUAUAUUGUAUGAUUCAGAUUGGAAUCCACAAGCUGAUUUACAAGCAAUGGAUAGAGCACAUAGAAUUGGUCAAAAGAAACAAGUGAAAGUAUUUAGAUUGGUUACAGAAAAUUCGGUAGAAGACAAAAUUGUAGAGAGGGCUACCCAAAAGUUAAAAUUGGAUCAAUUGGUUAUACAAAAAAAUAAUGGAUUUGGUAAAAAGAAAGAAAAUAAAGGUGAAAGUAAAGAUUCUUUAUUAUCUAUGAUUCAACAUGGUGCUGCAGAUGUUUUUAAAAAUGAUGGUAAAAAUAAAGAGAACACCUCUUCUUCCACUACUAAUACUACUACUAAUCAGUCAAAUAACAAUACGGAAAAUACGCAUAAAAAUAAUAGUGUUAAUAAUAAUACAAUUGAUGAAAUGAAUACUGAUCCUGAUCUUGAAGUUGAUUUAGAUCAACUAUUAAGUGCAUCAGAAGAUAAAACUAAGAUACUGAACGCUAAGUAUGAAAAGUUAGGCUUAGAUGAUUUACAAAAAUUCAAUCAAGAUUCUGCAUAUGAAUGGAAUGGUACGGAUUUUAAGAAACAACAAAUUCAAAAGGAUAUUAUAGAUCCAAACUGGUUACACUCUACGAUUUCAAAGCGUGAACGUACUCAAAACUAUUCAUAUGAUGUGGAUAACUAUUAUAAGGGUGUUUUAAACCCCAAAAAGACACCAGCACCAUUACAACCAAGAAUGCCUAAACCUCGUCAGUUCAAUAGUCAUCAAUUGAUGAAUGUAGGUUUGAAGGAUUUGUAUGAGAAAGAGCGUUACUGGAUUGCUAAAAAGACAGCAUACACACCAACAGUUGAAGAUAUAAAAGUUACAUAUGGUAACCAAUUAUCAGAGAGUGAAAUCAAUGAAAAAUUAAAAGAAAUGAAAUUAGCAAUUAGUAAAGCUGAACCUUUAACCCCAGAGGAAGAGAAAUUAAAAAUCCAAUGGGAAAGUGAGGGUUUUAGUAAAUGGAAUAAAAUAGAAUUUAGAAAAUUUAUUUCAUUAUCAGGUAAAUAUGGUAGAAAUUCCAUUCAGGCAAUUGCAUCAGAGUUGGCCCCAGGUAAAACAUUAGAGGAAGUUAAAGCAUAUGCUAAAGCUUUCUGGGCAAAUUAUGAACGGGUUGACGAUCAUGAAAAAAUAAUAAAAAUGAUUGAAGCAGAUGAAGAAAAGCUGAGAAAAGUACAAUAUCAAAAGGAUAUUCUGAAGCUUAAAAUCAGUGAUUAUAAAAAUCCAUUUUUUGAAUUAAGAUUAAAACAUCCACCAUCCACUAAUAACAAAAGAAUUUUUUCGAAAGAAGAGGAUCGAUUCAUAUUACUUACAUUAAAUAAAUAUGGUCUGGAUAGAGAAGAUAUUAAUGAAUUAAUACGAGAUGAAAUUAGAGAUUGUCCAUUGUUUGAAUUAGACUUCUUUUUCCAAAGCAGAACACUGCUUGAGAUUGGGAGGAGGGUAUAUACACUAAUUCAGUGUUUAGAAAGGGAAUUUCAACUAAAAGAUGGAAAGAUAAUAAGAGUAGAGGAAAAACCAAAAAAGAAAAUGAUAAAUACUGAUGCUAACAGUAACUGUAAAGAUAAAAAAUCGCCUGGUGCUUCCCCUGAUACUCUAAGUAUUACAGCAAAGGUUGAAAAUGAUAGAGAUGACGAAAUUGAACGUUCAGAUAAAAGAUCUUCUGAAAAACUUGAUGAAGUGAAUGUUAAAGAUGAUGUUGAUACUGUGAUUAUUCCAGAAAAUGAUGCUGUGCCAAAUUAUGAAGGUCAUCAAGAAAAGAAAAUGAGAAUAGAAUAG